AUGGAGAUCCAAGACAGAAGUGAUCUCUGUUUCCCACUUCUCCUCAACAGCUCCUGCAGGAAGCCCACACUUCACUGGUCUGAAGCUGUUCUCCUGAACUCUGUAAUGUCUUUCGUCUCACUGAUCACCGUAGCGCUCAACCUGCUCAUCAUCAUCUCAGUCUCCCAUUUCAGGCAGCUUCACACACCCACUAACAUCCUCAUCCUCUCUCUGGCUGUGUCAGACUUUCUUGUUGGUCUCCUGUUGAUACCUUUAGAAAUCUACAGAAGCACAGCCUGCUGGUUCCUUGGUGACGUCGUCUGUGUUUUGUACUGCUACCUGGUUGUUCACAUAGUCUGUGCUUCCACUGGGAACAUUGUUCUCAUUUCAGUCGACCGCUACGUUGCCAUUUGCGACCCUCUGCAUUACCCCACCAGAUUCUCCACGGCAAAAGCCAAAUGCUGUGUGUGUGUGUGCUGGCUGUGGAAUGCCCUCUACGGCGUGUUCUUUUUGAAGGACGACAUGAUCCAAGUGGGAAGAAGUAACUUCUGCACUGGAGAAUGUGCACUUCUCAUUAACUAUGUUGCUGGAACUCUGGAUGUCGUUUUGAACUUUGUGUUUCCUUCGACCGUCAUCAUAGUUCUCUACACGAGAGUGUUUGUGGUGGCCGUGUCUCAGGCCCGCGCCGUGCGCUCUCGCGUUGCAGUCGUCACACUCCAACAUCCACAAAGUUCAACAGCGACCAAAUCCGAACUGAGAGCAGCCAGGACGCUCGGGAUUCUUAUUGUUAUAUACCUUGCAUGUUUCUGCCCCUAUUGCUGUUAUUCUCUGAUUGAAGCUAAUCUGUCCAGCACGUCUCAUGGCACACUUCUGGUUUUUCUGUUUUAUCUAAAUUCCUGUCUGAACCCUGUGAUCUAUGCGCUGUUUUACUCGUGGUUCAGGAAAGCCAUCAAACGCAUCAUCAGUCUGCAGAUCCUGGAGCCGGGCUCCCGUGAGUCCAACGUACUGUAA